UGCAGAGACAUCUGAAUUAAAGUUAUAUUAAUUUUUUUUCAUUGUGUAUUCAUAGACAGAAUGUGUUGAUGAUCUUCUCUUAGGAGCCAAGAAGGAUUGUGUUUGCUAGUUGGAACCCACUAACCAAUCAAUGGAAAGAACUGAGCUCUUUUAGAGUCAUUAAAGAUUAAUUAAAUACCUUAUUCUCAAGGUCAAUAGCCAUUAUCAUAGCCAAGUGCUCUAGCAGACAACGAGCCUAUCUGGUCCUUCACCUAUAUGUCCAGACAAUUACAGUUCAGCCCAGGUCUGAUCCAGGGUUCUCCAUCAUUUCGGCUUUUUCCACAAACUCACCCAGUCCAUAGACGUGCUUCCACACAGUUGCCACCAUUCGCCCCUCUCUCACCACAGCAGUUCUCCCAUCCAGGCCCCGCUCCAACCCGGCGUCAGGCAUGGCGCCUCAGGGGCGGGAUCACCUGGGCACACGGGAGUCUGCAGGUCGUAGACGGAGCCCAAAUGUGCGGUACACACUCAGCCCAGAGAAUCUUCGCAGCUUAGCUGAGCGUGGUGGGGCCGAGCAGGGUGGAGUUGGACUCCUCAGAGCCAACAGUGAUACAGACUUGGUCAGUUCUCAAGGGCGAUCCUCACUCACAGCUUCUACUUUAGAGUUCACUCUGGGCCGGGGCCAGAACUUGGUCAUCUCAUGGGAUAUUAAGGAAGAGGUGGAUGCCACAGACUGGAUUGGCAUGUACCACAUUGAUGAGACCUGUCCAUCAAAUAUGUGGGACUGCAAGAACCGUGGGGUUAAUGGUACACAAUAUGGUCAGAUUGUCUGGAGGCUAGAGGCAGGGCCGUACUUCCUUGAAGCUGAGACAAGGAUCUGUUUUAAGUACUACCAUGGAGUAAGCGGUGCGCUAAGGGCCACAACUCCCUGCAUCACAGUCAAGAACCCCAGAGCCUCGGUCGACGGUCAAGGUGAAGGACAGCAAGCUUCAGACAGCAGCCGAAAAUUGGUCAGCUUUACCCUAUCAGAUAUCCGGGCUGUGGGGCUGAAGAAGGGGAUGUUUUUUAACCCAGACCCUUAUUUGAAGAUGAGCAUUUAUCCAGGCAAGAGAAGUUGCUUUCCAACAUUUUCUCAUCAUGGCCAAGAGAGACGAUCUGGCAUUACAACUAACACUACUAAUCCUGUGUGGCAUGGAGAGAAACACACUUUUGUGGCUCUUAUGACAGACGUCUUAGUGAUUGAGGUUAAAGACAAGUUUGCUAAAAGUCGGCCAAUUAUUAAGCGCUUUUUGGGUCAACUGAACAUUCCGGUGCAGAUGCUGCUAGAGAGACACGCAUCAGGGAACCAAUCACUGAGCUUCUCUCUAUGUCGUCGUUUGCCCACUGAUCAUGUGAGCGGUCAAAUGCACUUUAAAGUGGAUGUCACAUCUAUAGGCCAAGAUGACCUUUCCCCUGAGACGAUUCUGGGGGCAGCAGCCCUCAAUGGAGCUCCUGGAACCCCUUCAGAUGAUGAAGAUCUGCCCCAUCCUCUCCCUGUCUCAUCAGCAGGCCCUUCCCCCACCGGCUCCCCGGGGUCCCAUAGAAAUGGGGAAGGGAGCAGCAUUCCCUCCCCAGACACAGAGAUGUAUGGUACCAUCCUGGACGAUGAGGCCCCUUCUUCUCCUGACCCGCUCCAGGGUUCUUUCAGUGAGCAGCUUGAUGCCACUGAUGCCCCUAACGGCCCGGGAGAUAGGCCUUUUGGGGCAGCUUCUCCCAAACUACGAUCCAGCUUUCCCACACAUACGCGCCUCAGCGCUAUGUUGCAUAUUGACUCAGAUGAAGAUGAGGAGAGGUCUGCUGCUACGGAGGCUACACCACCAACAUUUAAUGGUGCUUCAAGGACUCAAAACACAACCACAAAACCACCAAUUACAGAACCUGUUUUUGAAAGAACGGUAGAGGAACCUCCAGAAGAGGCUGACCUGGAGUCUGAAAUAGAGACUCUGAAUAUAGGAACAGAGGUGGCUCCUGAGCCAGAGGUCAUGCCAAGUUCAGUGGCCCCUGAGGUGGAAACUGCCAGUCUGAUAGAGAGGCAAGAGGAAGAGGAGGAGGAGGAAGUGGAGGUAGAGGAGGAGGAAGAGGGGCUGGCACCCAGUGAGGAGCUGGCAACUGAAGUUGAUAUUUCUUCAAUGGCAUCUGACUGCUGCCCGGGCCUUAUGUCUGCCUCUCAGGAGGCAGAGCAGGGGGCAGAGGCAGCCAUUGACCCAGGGGGAGAAGAUCUUUCAGAUGAUCCACCCACAACUUAUGAGGUUGCUGAAGAAACCGUUCUAAACAAUGAGCUAGAGAGGGACACCCCAAAACCGGAACCAUCAGCCAUUGAGGAAGAGGAAUGUGAAGAUGUGACGGAGGACACAAUGUCCAGAAGAUGGAGCCUGGAGGCAACAACCGGUGUGUCACAGGAGGAUGAAGAAGAGGAGGAGCUAAUGCCAUCAGUAGAUGGAGAAUCUGUGGAAUCUGAGACCUUCAUUACUGAGACAGAAUCAGAAUUAGGUGUCCCUCAGAUCAACGGAGGUCAGCGUGUUCAUUCUUUGCCAUCUGUAAGACAAGACGCCCACCGAUACCAGCGUGUGGAUGAGCCCUUACCUCCCAACUGGGAGGCUCGUAUUGACAGUCAUGGCCGUAUCUUCUUUGUGGAUCAUGUGAACCGCACCACCACAUGGCAGAGACCCACUGGUCCACCAGCUCCUCAGGGUCUGACCCGCUCCAGCUCCAUACAGCAGAUGGAGCAACUCAACCGCAGGUAUCAGAGUAUUCGUAGAACAAUGACCAGUGAAAGGUCUGAGGAACAAAGAGUGGAUGAGCCUCCUUCUGAAGAGACUGACCUGCUGCCCCACUCCAUCUGUGAAUACCGAAGGGACGGCUUUAUGGGUCAAGCCAGCUCACGUUCUCGUCUGGCUUUGCUGCUUCAGUCUCCUGGUGCAAAGUUCCUCUCCAGUCCAGACUUCUUCUCUGUUCUGCAUUCUAAUUCUAGUGCCUAUCGCAUGUUCACAAGUAACACAUGUCUGAAGCACAUGAUCAGUAAAGUUCGACGGGAAGUACAUCACUUCGAGCGGUACCAGCACAACCGGGACCUUGUCAACUUCCUCAAUCUGUUCUCCAACGAGCAGCUGGAGCUACCACGGGGCUGGGAGAUGAAACACGACCCCACUGGGAAGCCCUUCUUUGUGGAUCAUAACUGUCGUGCCACAUCAUUCAUUGACCCACGGCUGCCCUUACAGAACUCCCGGUCCAGCGGCCUGCUGGCUCACCGACAGCACCUGUCCCGUCAGCGCAGCCACAGUGCAGGAGAGGUAGCAGAUGACUCUCGCUCUCUGAGUCCUCCUGUCCAGGGACGGUCGUCAAGAAACAGUCAGUAUCAGGACUUGGUGCCUGUAGCAUAUAAUGAGAAGAUUGUCGCCUUUCUGCGACAGCCCAACAUUUUUGAGAUUCUGCAAGAGAGACAGCCAGAGCUUGUGAGAAACCACUCGCUUAGAGAGAAGGUACAGUUCAUCCGCAAUGAGGGGCCAACCGGGUUGUCCCGUCUGUCUAGUGAUGCAGACCUAGUUAUAUUGCUCAGCCUGUUUGAAGAGGAAGUGAUGUCUUAUGUGCCGCCCAAUGCCUUACUGCUCUCCAGCUACUCUCAUGCCUCCCCACAGAGCUCCCCUGGAACUCCACGAGCCAAUGCUCGAGCCCCUGCACCCUACAAGAGGGAUUUUGAGGCCAAACUAAGAAACUUUUACCGCAAAAUGGAAACCAAGGGUUACGGGCAGGGCCCAGGAAAAGUGAAGUUAAUAAUUAGAAGAGAUCACCUGCUGGAGGACGCUUUCAACCAGGUCAUGUGUUAUUCUCGCAAAGACCUCCAGAGAAGCAGACUUUAUGUCAGCUUUGUUGGAGAAGAAGGGCUGGACUAUAGUGGACCAUCCAGAGAGUUCUUCUUCCUGGUUUCCCGUGAGCUCUUUAACCCAUACUAUGGACUAUUUGAAUACUCAGCUAAUGACACUUACACUGUGCAGAUCAGCCCCAUGUCAGCCUUUGUGGACAACCAUCAUGAAUGGUUCCGGUUCAGUGGACGCAUCCUGGGGCUUGCUCUAAUUCAUCAGUACCUGUUGGAUGCAUUCUUCACCCGACCCUUCUACAAAGGCCUUCUUCGCAUUCCAUGUGAUCUGAGUGAUCUAGAGUUUUUGGAUGAGGAGUUCCAUCAGAGUCUCCAGUGGAUGAAGGACAAUGACAUUGAAGAUACGCUAGACCUCAACUUUACUGUCAAUGAAGAGGUGUUUGGACAGAUUACAGAGCGUGAGCUGAAGCCGGGUGGGUCUGGCAUCCCUGUGUCAGACAAGAACAAGAAAGAAUAUAUUGAACGCAUGGUGAAGUGGCGGAUUGAGAGGGGUGUAGCCCAGCAGACCGAGAGUCUUGUGCGAGGAUUCUAUGAGGUGGUGGACAUCCGUCUCGUCUCCGUGUUUGAUGCCCGAGAGCUGGAGCUGGUCAUUGCUGGGACCGCGGAGAUUGACCUAACCGACUGGAGAAACAAUACAGAAUACAGAGGAGGUUACCAUGACAACCACAUAGUGAUUCGAUGGUUCUGGGCUGCAGUGGAGCGUUUCAACAACGAACAGAGACUACGGCUCCUUCAGUUUGUUACCGGCACUUCCAGCAUUCCCUAUGAGGGCUUUGCAUCUCUGCGAGGUAGCAAUGGCCCACGUCGAUUCUGUGUGGAGAAAUGGGGCAAAGUGACCUCCCUCCCACGGGCUCACACCUGCUUUAACCGCCUGGAUCUCCCUCCCUACCCCUCCUUCUCCAUGCUCUAUGAGAAGAUGCUCACUGCUGUGGAGGAGACCAGCACCUUUGGUCUGGAGUGAGCUCCAAUCAUAGCCAAAGUGCUACUGAUUUUUUUUUUCCCAGUUCUCCACAGUCUGG